AUGGUUCCUCCAUUACAUAAAGUCAAGACAAAGGGUGCUCAAAAAAGUAAAGUUCAACGAAGAGAAAGGUCUACUACGCGGGAUCCAUCAUAUUUUGAGUAUGUCGAUGCCUUUCAUUCAACCAUAGAAUCUUCAACUAUGAAAAGUAAACUACAAUCAAAGCCAAAUAUAGUGAAGAAAAAGAGAGUUCCAAUGAUAGACCAGUUUCAUUCUAUUACUCACCCCUUUAUUGUGGACGUUGUUAAUGUUGUGGCUGAUGGUCACUGUGGAUAUAGAUGUAUUGUUGCGUCGUUGGGACUCAGAGAAGAUUCAUGGCCCGUUAUUAGAAAUGAUUUGUACAAAGAACUCAGUCAAUAG